CGCAAGAUGGCGGUUGUGAGUCCGCCAAGGAAAAACCAUAGAGUUAGGGUCAGUGUGGGGAUACUGUUUGGAGUUGCAGUACUCUAUGUUUUGUGUGGUACCUGGGCACGAUGGCGGGAACUUCAUUGAACUUCCAGCUACGUGUGCCUUUCCUGUGCCCAAGAGAUGCUCUGAUAGCUCAUGAUACGCUAAGUCCAGAUGCAGAACCAAGAAAAGGGGGUGUUAGCAAGACACUAACGGUUACAGACAAUAUUCUACAUGUGUACUGGCAAGCGAAUGAAGCCCGUAUUCUACGUGUGUCCGUGAGCUCCUUCUUGGAUCACCUUUCACUUGUGCUUCAGACAAUGGACAGGUUCGAUCUUCCAGCUGUGGACUCCUGAUCUAGUUCUUUGAAUAUCAUCACCUUCUCUGUUACUCUUGUGAAGUCUUAAGUGCAUUUCUCCAAGAUGUGGAACGUUAAGCAGUGACUCCAAGAUUUCCAUCUUAUUACGGACUUGCUUAUUUUGGAUCUGCAAAACUAGAAGUGGGAAGCGAAAUAGAGUGCUGCAGAUGGGGGACAUAAUGCAAAUAAAAGUUAAAUUACUGCUUGUUACAAAAAAAAACAUUUUUUAAUUAAAAUUAUUUUUGAACUGGA